UUUUUUUUUUUUUUAGUGGCAUAGUUGAGGUAUUUUGUUGUGGGAGACUUAGUUCACUCCACUUACCAUGCACACUCACACAAGAAAAAGAAAUGCUUUGAUUACUUUUUGUCCACAUCAGGUGAUAUUCAGACCCUUCGAUUGAAAAGGGAAAGGAAGCAACAAAUAGACUUAGAAAAAAGUAACUGUCUGAAGGAGGAAAACAUUUCUAUGACUUGGCUAGGAGCAAAUAUAGGCUAUAGAGUUGAUUUAGUAGUCAACAUUACAAGAAGCCAAUGAUCAAUAUCUCUUGGAGAAAUACAGAUCUGCUUCAGCAUAUUGCAGUAUUUCUAUUGUAUUGAACUAUAUGCUUUUCUAGCGUUCAAGUGAAAUUGUCCAUUGGACUGCACUGGAACAGCUUUGCUAAUAUUUUUUUUCAUUGAGAAUUUGAGUGUUACUUGCAUGCUUCUUUGAAUGAGCUUAGCUUUUGAGGCAAAAAGUGCUGGAGCCUUGGGGCUUCGAGCUUUGAGCUUAAGCGCGCUUUUAACAACACUGCAUCUACAGCAUGAGUUGGUUUCUUCUUCUUUCUAAUUGAUUAUUUUCUUAUUAAAAAAACUGUUGUACCUUCGAUUCAGCAAAACAUUCAGUUUUGCAACCUAUUAUUGGAUGAGAACUGCAAAAUUCAAUGUUUCUUUUUUUUCUUUUUUUUUUUCUUUUUUUUUUUUUAAUUUGGUCUUGAGUGCACCAGAAGGGGGAGAUAGGAAAUGGAACUUACUUUUUACAAGCAUAUUUACUCCAAAAUGCCAAGGGGGGAGGGUGAUAAUAUUCUUAAUUGGCAGUUGACUCAGAAUGGUGUUUUUGAUUUGGUGUCACCGCAUUUUUCCUAUCCAAGAAACUUGCAGUUUGAAUGAGAAGGAACUGCAAACAGUUUUAUCAAAGCUUGUUUUUUCAUGAAUGAUAAACAGCACAAAGUUUCACAUCCUGUAAAGUUUGCAGUUGGUUAUAACAAAAGGGGAAUAGAGGAGACAGAGUUGAAGAUUGUGAAAGAUACUUCAAAUGGUUCUGGUAAGUUUGCUUUGUUGGACCGUAACAAAUGCUUUGGUGUUGUGGCUGCUGCAGUAAAAAGUGCUGUAUCAGAUUCAGUUGUAGACCUCAAAUCUCCAGAGUUUUCUGUUCUUGCUGAGCUGCUUCCGCUUUCUGUAGUACCCAAUGGGUCAUUGGUGGUUGCUGUCUCAGUUUUGCCGCAAAAUCUGGUUAAUACCAAGCCACGUCUCUGUAUCAAGGCUCUGGUUUCUGUCUCCAAAGCAAAGGGUGGAAAGCAUUAGAAAGGAAUGGAUAAUGUGGUUUAGAACAUUCUUACAAGUGCUUUUGAAAAGAAAAAUUAAACUAACUUGGAUCAAAAUAAAAAAUUUGGCUCUCGAUGUAAUGAUCAUUGUUUUGAUUUCUUACCGUUAAUAA